AUGAAUACGCUUCCAGCCCAACCCGUUGGGAUACAGAGUACAGCAGGAGCUGUUCCCAUUCGAAAUGAAAAAGGAGAGAUAUCUAUGCAGAAGGUGAAAGUACAGAGAUAUAUAUCGGGUAAAAAGCCAGACUAUGCUCAAGGUGCGUCGUCAUCAGAAGAAUCUGACACUGAAGACUUUAUAGAGCAACAGAAGCCAGAUCGCAGGCAGCAGACUUUACCACAGAUUAUAACAAAGAAGGAUGAACACCAUAGUGAUUCUGAGAAAGAAGUGGACGACCCGCGUUUGCGGCGUUUACGACAAGCGGCCCAGUCUCCUCCGAGACGAGCUGAGCACAAACCAGAGAUUAUUGAUGCAGAACCUGAGGAAGAACAUGAAAGUAGUGUUGAGGAAUUCAAGGACAGCUCGGAAAGUGAGGAUGAACUUGAUGAGGAAGAGAUCGAGAGACGCCGACAGGCUCUCAAAGCUAAACUUGCUGCUAGGGAAGCUGAGAAGGAGGUUCUUGGUAGAGAUGAUGAUGAGGAAAUGUUGGAUGGAGAUAAGGAGGAGAGUGGCUCAUCUGACACUGAGUACACAGACAGUGAAGAAGAUACAGGUCCUCGCGUAAAACCCGUUUUUGUAAGAGCCUCAGACAGAAUGACAGUGCAAGAGAGAGAACGGAAAAUUAAGCUGCAGAAGAAAGAGGAAGCAGAAGCCAGGAAAGAAAAAGAAGAAAGGAGAAGAGAGGCUCUGAAACUGGUUGAAGAGACUAUCAGAUCUGAGCAGAGAGCUACACAGGGUGAACAUAAGGAAGGUAACAUCAAUGACGUGUGUACUGAUGACGAGAAUGAUGAACUAGAGUACGAGGCGUGGAAGCUGCGUGAAAUGAAGCGCAUCAAACGUGACAAGGAAGAGAGAGAAGCCGUGGAGAAGGAACUAUUGGCUAUUGAGCGUAUGCGUAACAUGACGGAAGAGGAACGCCGCGUGGAACAGCGUCUCAAUCCCAAACUCGUAACCAACAAGUCUGUCAAGGGCAAAUACAAGUUCCUACAGAAAUAUUACCACAGGGGUGCCUUCUACCUGGACAAAGAAGACGAGGUCUUCAAACAAGACUUCUCUGGUCCAACUUUGGACGAUCACUUUGAUAAGACUGUUUUGCCUAAGGUAAUGCAAGUUAAGAAAUUCGGUCGUUCGGGACGUACGAAAUACACGCAUUUGGUGGAUCAAGAUACCACGGAGUUUGAUUCAGCUUGGAGUAACGAAGGCGCGGCAGCUAGGCUGGCUAACUUCAGGGGAGGCAUGAAACAAGUCUUUGACAAACCGUCCGCCAAGAGGAAGCAUAAUGUCUGA